UGGAGGAAGACGUGCCUUUCAGCUGAGGCCUCUGGGGACGGGCCUGGGCCUGGCGAGUAAGAUGACACGGAAACUUCCAGGCUCCUGGAGGAUUUGGACUUUAUCCUGAGGGCAGUGGUUCCAUGCUGGGAGGGGCAGCGUCAGAUGUGGCUUUUGCUUGGCUCCUUGGGACCAGGCUGGGAGCCCCUCGGGGAGGCCUCUGCUGGUGUCCAGGAUGAAGAUGAGACGCUAUAAGCUGUUCCUCAUGUUCUGUAUGGCCGGCCUGUGCCUCAUCUCCUUCCUGCACUUCUUUAAGACCCUGUCCUAUGUCACCUUCCCCCGAGAACUGGCCUCCCUCAGCCCGAACCUCGUGUCCAGCUUCUUCUGGAACAAUGCCCCCGUCACGCCCCAGGCCAGCCCGGAGCCGGGUAGCCCGGACCUGCUGCGGACCCCACUCUAUUCCCACUCGCCCCUGCUCCAGCCGCUGCCGCCAAGCAAGGCCACGGAGGAGCUCCACCGCAUGUACUUCGUGCUGCCCGAGGACACCACCGAGUAUUUCGUCCGCACCAAAGCCGGGGGCGUCUGCUUCAAACCAGGUACCAAGAUGCUGGAGAAGCCCCCCCUGGGGCGGCCAGAGGAGAAGGCGGAGGGGGGCGACGGGGGCUCCUCGGCCCGGGGCCCGGCCCGGCACCUGCUGAGCGCCCGGGAGCGCGCGGGCGGCCGCGGGGGCGCGCGGCGCAAGUGGGUGGAGUGCGUGUGCCUGCCGGGCUGGCACGGGCCGAGCUGCGGCGUGCCCACCGUGGUGCAGCACUCCAACCUGCCCACCAAGGAGCGCCUGGUGCCCCGGGAGGUGCCGCGGCGCGUCAUCAACGCCAUCAACAUCAACCACGAGUUCGACCUGCUGGACGUGCGCUUCCACGAGCUGGGCGACGUGGUGGACGCCUUCGUGGUGUGCGAGUCCAACUUCACGGCCUACGGGGAGCCGCGGCCGCUCAAGUUCCGGGAGAUGCUGACCAACGGCACCUUCGAGUACAUCCGGCACAAGGUGCUGUACGUCUUCCUGGACCACUUCCCGCUGGGCGGGCGGCAGGACGGCUGGAUCGCCGACGACUACCUGCGCACCUUCCUGACGCAGGACGGCGUGUCCCGGCUGCGCAACCUGCGGCCCGACGACGUCUUCAUCAUCGACGACGCCGACGAGAUCCCCGCGCGCGACGGCGUGCUCUUCCUCAAGCUCUACGACGGCUGGACCGAGCCCUUCGCCUUCCACAUGCGCAAGUCGCUGUACGGCUUCUUCUGGAAGCAGCCGGGCACCCUGGAGGUGGUGUCGGGCUGCACGGUGGACAUGCUGCAGACGGUGUACGGGCUGGACGGCAUCCGCCUGCGCCGCCGCCAGUACUACACCAUGCCCAACUUCCGGCAGUACGAGAACCGCACCGGCCACAUCCUGGUGCAGUGGUCGCUCGGCAGCCCCCUGCACUUCGCCGGCUGGCACUGCUCCUGGUGCUUCACGCCCGAGGGCAUCUACUUCAAGCUCGUGUCCGCCCAGAACGGCGACUUCCCCCGCUGGGGAGACUAUGAGGACAAGCGGGACCUCAACUACAUCCGGGGUCUGAUCCGCACCGGGGGCUGGUUUGACGGCACGCAGCAGGAGUACCCCCCCGCCGACCCCAGCGAGCACAUGUACGCCCCUAAGUACCUGCUCAAGAACUACGACCAGUUCCGCUACCUGCUGGACAACCCCUACCAGAAGCCCAAGAGCGCGGAGGAGGCUGGGCAGCGCAACAAGGGUCCCGAGGGAAGGCCAUCUGCUAGGGGCAAAUUGGACACGGUCGAAGGCUAAGGCUGCAUGAUCUUACACGGCCAGCGGCACGGCGAGGGUGGCGGUGGGCGGCGGCCCCUCCUGUCGUCUUCCUGCCUCCCUCUGUCAUCUGGCUGGUUCUUGGGAGGACCAGGAGUGGAUGGGUGGGGGCGUCCUCCCUGGUAAGGCCUUAUGAUUCAGGAUCAGGCCUGUGAGCUCACAAAACAUCCUUCCUGUCAGGAGAGGGGAGUGUGGUCCUUCGGCCAGCGAGAGCGCUGUGGCUGGAGGUGCCAGCGAGAGUGCAUGAUGGUUACAGGGUAGCAGGGGAGGGCGGGCGGGGGGAGGGAGCCUGCAGGAGCUCCCCAGGGCAGCCGGGUCAGAGCUGCCGCCCCCACCCGGGAGAAGCCCACCUGUUUGACCUCCUGGGGCUUCAGAACUGCACUGGGCAAGGGGGACUCCAGGAAGUCUUGACGUUCCUUCUCCCUUUCUCUGUUGCUGUCUUGUGGGCUGCCCACUCAGUCCUUGCCAGGCCUGGAGUCCAGGUCUCGGGGUGGGCUGGGAGCCAGCAGGUCGGACCUAAGGUCAGGGGUGAGGAGUCGGGGGAGACUCUCCACCAUCUCAGGGGGAGUCACCCUCGUGCCCUUCCUUGGGGCUGGCGGGGAACCAGAAAGGGGUCACGAGGCUGGCCUAAGAGGGAUGUUAAAGCCAGUUAUAUGUCAUCUCAUUGCCCUUAGUGUGCCUCCUGGAGGCGGGGGGUGUAUUCGUUGAGUAGAUUCUAAGCUGCUGUAAUUAAGAGACCCCGGAACACAGUGGUUUAAGCAAGAUGAGCUUGUUUCCAAGAACUGUCCAGAGGGAGAGGUCCAGGGCUGGUGGGACACACUGCUUCCCUUCAUACACACCAUCCAAUUUGGGAUGGAGGGGUUGCUCCAGCUCCCACCAUCACAUGUGCAUCCAAGCCCGGGGAGGCAGAGAAAGGCAAGGGAAGUGCACACCGUUUCCUGUUAAGAGAUGGCACAGUCACUUCUGAUCGCAUCUCACUGGCCAGGACUUAGUCACGUGGCCACAGUAGCUGCAAGGGAAGCUGGGAAAGGUAGUCUUCAGCUGGGCGGCCGUGUACCCAGCCUCAGCCUGGGAGUUCUCUCGUUAAAGGAGGAGGAGAGGAGGGGUGGGGGGUGAGGAGCGUCCCUGGCACAGGGGGAGGGGCGAGAGGGUCGGAAUGACUGUUGAAGUCAAAGGAUCCUGCUCUUGUGUUCAGAGCUCUCAGAACAACCUGCGCCUGACCCUGCUGCCAGCCCAGGGCUGGGUGCAGGGAGAGCCUGCAGCUGUGGGAAGAGGAGGUGCCCCCCUCCUUGAGGUCCCCUCGGAUGUCUGCCCAGAGGUGCCCAGAUACAGAGCCUGCCUGUGGAACCGUAUGUGUCUGUGCGCGUGUGUGUGUAUUUAUGGGCAUGGGUGCAUGCUUGGUGUGUCCUUGUGAUGUGUCUGUGUUGGGGUGUCCCUGUACAUAUAGGCUUGUGUGUGGAUUUGGAGUAGGGCCCACGCUACCCUUCCUCAGGACCUGGAGCCUGUGGCCACACCUCCUGCAGCUCCCCAAAAUGACUGAGGCAGAAAGCCCUUAGGGAGCCUGGAAAGCAAGGCUGAUGGGGGGGUCUGUCUGUCUGUCUGUCUGUCUGUCUUUCAGUCCAAGGAAUGCUGAGAGCUCACUACCUCCCCAGCCCCUCCUGGCCCCAACCACAUUCUUUCCACCUUGUCCCCCCAGCUUCCAGCUGGGACUUUCCCUGGGUGUCUUAUUGGGGGUUUCCUGAGGAGAGGAGGGUGUCUUCUGUGCCACGGCUCUGUCUGGGGAAGUGCCAGGGGCUGGCAUGGUCUGGGGAGCUGGCAACGGAGCAGCCUCUGGUGGGUAGGCAUGAAGCAGACUGAGGGGGCUCUACUGCCCCCCCCCGGGAACCCCUCCCUUGGAGUUACAGCAGCCCCCCUCUCUGGUCCCUCUUGGGGCUGAGAAGUGGCUCAAGAGGUCAGGGUGUCCCUGUGGCUGUGGGUCAGCCCAGGCCAAGGCCUGCUCUUCCCAGCCACGGCUGCUGGCCCUCUGGAUGGGCAGUCUUUGGGGACUGAAUCGUGCCUGAGCCCCAGCUGGGGCCUCCCUCCUUGACGGCUUCCUCGCCCCCUGCCCCUGGCAACCCCAGCUGUGGUGGGAAUGCCCCCUCCCACCUCGGCCUCCGUUUCACCAGCUUAGGGGCCGGGGAAGGAGAGGGGAGGAGCCCAGACCUGCCAGGCCCCCCCUACCCUCCAACCCAGGGCCAUGGUGUGGAGAAGACAGCUGUCAGAGGGUGGGGGGCCAGGCAUGGGGUUGGGGAGUUUCAAAAUGAUCACAUCAUACACUGGGAAUUUUGGGGGGUGGGGGAGCCGUGGGCCACUCCCCCAGUAUGGAGGGGAGCCAAACAAUGUGAACGUCAGCAUACCACUGGCCCUAUCGCCAUAUCCAGAUUUCUUUCCUGGGAACCACUGGCCCUGUGACCUCUAGACUCAAGGACCGCCCCCACAGGUCACAUUGGUUCCUGGGGCAGGCGUUGGGAGAGCUUUAGGGGCAAAGGUGACAGUUGGGGUGGGGAGAUAGGACUUGCCCAAGCAGAAUGCAGGGCCCUGGGAAAUGUAUAAUUUAAAGACACGAAUAAUAAUAAUAGUAUUAUUUUUUUUGUAAGGGAAAAUCAAUAUGUACAUUCUGAAAUCAUUUUCUCUGUAAAUGGUUGGAUUUCAUUUCACCCUUAAAGGGAUGCCUAAAGG